AUGCGGCAGCUUACAUUGGCAUUAGAGGCCCUCACCAAACUUAACCUUGUUGGUCAUCCUGAGCCUGCGGGCUUACCUCGUGCUAGCAAUACAAGUGGGGUUAUGCAGCUGUUUUACCAUGGCAUGGUUAUCGUUGAGGAGUACAAUAAGGUUCUACGUCUACCGUCGUCACUACAUAAACCCCGACCCAAUCGCCUUUUCCCGGAUUCCUUCCUUUCCAAUUCAUUAAAAUUGGCAGAAGAUUGUAAUCACAGGUUGACAUAA